UUUACAUUAUAUCACUUUUGAGGUACAUCCAAAGUGAAUCACUCAGAGUGAAAUCAUCCAGGGUGAUCAUCCUCGUUUACAUAUUUUCUACAGUUUGCUGGUUUCACUGGUCUGUGAAAAGUGAUGUCUCGUUCAAGAAGAAAUCAAAAAAUUAUACGCAGUGGCAUUGCCUUAAUUUCACGUGGACUGCUGCAUGAAUUGAAUGCUAUUAUAUCACGAAAACGUGUUCAAAGACGUUGGUGGGUGAAGCCAUGGGUUUCAAGGAGGACAAAUCUGGGAGCUUCGUCAACCCUGUUAAGAGAAUGGGCAAAGGAAAAUCCUGAGGUGUAUAGAAAUCAUUUAAGAAUGAACGAGGAGCAAUUCGCAUAUCUUCUAGACAAAGUAACUCCGUUGAUAAGAAAAAAAGAUACUUGGUUCCGAGAAGCUUUAAGCCCUAAAAUAAAACUGCAAAUGACGCUACGAUAUCUAGCGACUGGAGAUAAUAUAGGUACCUUAAGUGCACUGUACAGAAUUCCAAGAAGCACAUUUUCACGGUUUUUGCCUGAGGUAUGCAGGGCUAUAUACAACUGUUUGGCAGAUUUUAUAAUGGUGCCUAACACAGUUGAAAGCUGGGAAAAUGUGAUGCGAGACUACGAAACUUUGUGGAAUUUCCCAAAUGUGUGUGGGGCUAUGGACGGUAAGCACGUCACCAUCAGGUGCCCUCCAAAAACUGGUUCACAGUAUUUUAAUUACAAGAAAGAUUUCAGUACGAUACUAUUCGCAAUUGUUGAUGCCAAUUACAAUUUCAUAUACAUCGAUGUGGGAACCAAUGGAAGAGUAAAUGACGCUGCAGUAUUUGCGAAAUCAACUUUUAAUGAGGCCUUGCAAAAGAAUUCACUAAAUAUACCGGAACAAGGAAUUUUCGUCGCUGACGAUGCCUUCCCAUUGAGAACCAAUAUUUUAAAACCAUAUUCCAGAUGUGGUCCGCUAACCGAAAAACAAAAAAUAUUCAAUUACAGACUUUCAAGGGCCCGUCGCGUUGUGGAAAACACAUUCGGCAUACUUGUGUCGAAAUUUAGAAUCUUUGAGAAACCUAUUCCACUCUCCAUACAAACAACGGAACAAGUGGUGAAAACUACAUGCGCUCUUCACAACUGGUUGCGAAAGACUUCAACUCCCAUACACCCAUAUAUCCGGAGAGAUAUGCUGGAUAUUGAAAACUGGGAAGAAGGAAGGGUUCAACCAGGUACCGCUACCCAACAUCCACACAGUGGUCUUGAGGAAAUAUCCCAUGGUGCUUCAAAUAACUACAGCAGGGCAGCAGGAGAAGUACGAAAUUAUUAUGCUGAAUGUUUUGUCACAACACACAUUGUACCAUGGCAAUUGAAAAUGAUUUAGUAAUCAACAAAUUUAAAAAAAAAUAAAUAAACAUCUUAUUUUUGGCUUUGAAAUUGAUUUGUCAUUUGGUUUGUGAAUUUUUAUUAGCAAAAAUUAAUCAUACAUCAUUUUGAGAAAAAGAAAUAAUUACGUAAGUAUAUGUAUUUGAGAGUACUCACCUUCAAGUUUGAAGAACUGGCUUUUGGAGUGCAUAUGUUGCGUAGAAACACGUCUGCAAGUUUAAACCAGAAUAGUCGGGGCUCAUAAACGUCAUCAGCACUAGCUCCACUUCUUUCUGAAUUUUUUAUCUUGCAAAGUUCUG